GGGGUGUUGACCGGCAAGUCGGCAGGAUGUUGCUUUCUCGACGCAAGUCGAGUAUGUAUCGCCGGGCGGGAGGCGGCGGGGGCGGCGGCGGGUUUCUCCGACUCCUGGGCAUUCUACCUUGGAAAUGCUCUCUCUUUCAGCUCUUCUUUAUUGUGCUGUUGCUGGGUUUUCUCUCCCUGUUGUGGCUGCAGUUCAGUUGCUCAGGGGAUGAGUCUAGAAGUCAAACAGCUGAGGCAACAGUGCCUCAAAAACCAUGUGUACUUGAGCCGCUACCUCCGAUUCCUGAAGAUCCAUCAUGGGGACCACAUCGCUUGGCAGUGUUGGUUCCCUUUCGAGAACGUUUCGAGGAGUUGCUGACUUUUGUUCCACAUAUGCAUCGCUUCCUCAGCGGGAAGAAAAUUCGGCAUCAUAUCUUUAUUCUCAACCAGGUGGAUCAUUACAGGUUUAACCGAGCAUCUCUGAUCAAUGUCGGUUUCCUGGAAAGUGGCAAUGACACAGACUACAUUGCCAUGCAUGAUGUGGAUUUGUUACCUCUCAAUGAAGAAUUGGAUUACAGCUUUCCAACAGCUGGUCCUUUCCAUGUAGCAUCACCUGAGCUGCACCCCCUCUAUCAUUAUAGCACCUAUGUGGGAGGCAUCUUGCUGCUCACCAAGCAACACUAUCAAAUGUGUAAUGGAAUGUCAAACCGUUUCUGGGGCUGGGGCAGGGAAGAUGAUGAAUUUUAUCGCCGCAUCAGAGCAGCUGGACUUCAACUCUUCCGACCCUCAGGUAUUACAAGUGGAUAUAAGACAUUCCAGCAUCUGCAUGAUCCAGCUUGGCGCAAAAGGGAUCAGAAGCGCAUUGCUUCCCAGAAGCAGGAGCAGUUCAAGAUAGACCGGACUGGAGGAUUGACUAACCUAAAAUACAGAAUAGAAUCACGCAUUUCACUGAGUGUGGCAGGAGCUCCCUGCACAAUUCUUAAUAUCUUACUAGAAUGUGACUCCAGUGAGACUCCCUGGUGUGCAUUUGGUUGAUAUGCUUACUAUACAGAGUGUCUGUCUUGUUUGCUGCUCUACCAGCUCAUGGCCAGAAUUGCAGCUCAGCUCUCGGAUGGCAAAUCCUUCCGUAGGAACCAACAACCACUCUUAACCGCCAGGACAAAGUGGUUAAAAAGAGAACUGAGGAUCUACACUAAUUGAUAAAGCAAAUGCAGGUCAUUACCUCUUCUACAAGGAUACUGCAAGUGGCAACAAUUUGCAGUGGUGACGGAAACAUUAAAUAAGCCAAGUGCCUUUCUAUCAGUUAGAAGGAUAUUGUCUUAGGUAGCUUCAAUCUCAACAAGCUGAAGAAACUGUGAACUCAGAGGCACUCUAGGAAUUAAAUUAUUGUUUCUCCACUAGCCAGGACUUGGAAGAUUUCUUUAUCCAGACUAAAACUCAAAGGAAUGUUAGAUGUUUGCUUCUCUUGUGAUAAUAAUAUGCAGAAAUAUCUGCUCCAAAAGGUUCUUAUACCCUAUUCUUCCUCUGGUGCCUCUUGAUAGUGCAUACUUUGCUUUCUGACUCCAGGAACUCAUGGCCGACCAUCUUAGCUAAUCUCAUUUUCAGAUCUUUUGAACUGUAAAUACAGCUAUUAAAACAAAUGGAUUGAA